AUUUAUACCCUUAUUCAAUACCCGACUUUUUUUAAGAGUCGAGAUGUGUGUUUUGUAUUUGUUUUUCCUUUCAGACACAUUGGGGUGUAACUAUGGUACAAUUGAUUGCUUUAUUUUACAAAGAUCAGCAUGUCGUAACAUUGCAUAAACUUCUAAAUAUGUGGCUUGAAGCUACCCUUUCGGAUAGUUCCGAAGAUAACGAAAGUAAUACAUCUCCACCAGAUAGAGGAAGUGACGAUUCCUCACCGAUGUUAACAUCCGAUCCUACAUCAGAUUCUUCAGAUACAGGUGGAAGUGGCAAAAGUAACGAUGAAACUAAUGUUAACUCAGUUAACGAUGAUUGGAAUGGACCAUCCGUUAACAAUAACAGUGAAAUUUCAAAUGAACCAUUUCAAUCUCACUCUACUGAAAAAGAAUCCCACCGCAAAAGUGACUAUACUGAAAAUAACAAUAAGGAGAUGCAGUUUCAUAAUGUGAAGAAUACUUCGUGUAUUAUGAAUGGGAAGAAAGAUCAAGGUAAUCGAGGACACUUAAUGACCAACGAAAAGAAAACCGUCAUAUCUGAAAAUUCUGAUUGUGGCUAUGGAACACAAAUUGAAAAUCAAGAAUCGAUAUCUACUUCCAGUAAUGAAGAUGAACUACCUGCCAAAAAGCCAGUUCAUCAGAAACCUCAUAAUUCAAAACAGAGAAUUAAUAACAAAGGGAGAUCGGGGACCAUAACUCAGGACAGAAAAAGGAAAAAAAUUGUUAGAAGGGGCAAAUCGAAUAUCCUAAAUGUGCAAGGGCUUUUGCAUAAAACUCCAACAGACGAUGAUAUAUCUAACAUGUUGAAAGAAUUUACUGUUGAUUUUCUAUUGAAAGGCUAUAAUUAUUUAGUUCAAACGCUUCACAGUCAAAUUCUAACAAAUCUGGAACUGGAAAUAGACACGUCACAUUUUUUCUGGCUUGUCACAUAUUUUCUCAAGUUUGCUACCCAAAUAGAAUUGGACGUGGAGCAUGUUUGUUCUGUAUUAUCAUUUGAUAUAGCAUCUUAUUUAACCGCUGAAGGAGUAAAUCUAUGUGAACAGUUUGAACUUGCAAUUAAAUUGGACGGAAAUGAUUUGAAGCCAAGCAUACGAAGACUCCAUUUGGUGGUCACUGCUAUUCGCGAGUUCGUGCAAGCCGUCGAGGCUUAUAAGAAGUUUACACAUAUCUGUCAGGACGACAAGAAUGAACUGGUGCGACUUCAGAUUAAAAUGUGCGAGACAAAAGAACUUCGCUCCUUGUUGGUGUUGCUAUUGCGACAUUAUAAUCCAAAAUAUCACUCUAAACAGUAUUUACAGGAUCUUGUCGUCACAAAUCAUAUCUUAUUAACAUUCCUUGAUAACGUUAUGAAAUUACCGGAAUAUACUGGAACUACAAAUAUGCUUGAUCACAUAAAACAAUUUGCAACAACCGAAGUUAUGUAUCAAUAUGGGCUCUUAUUAGAAGAUUAUGCGGUCAACGGUGAAUUUGUAAAUGACUGCAUUUUCACUUUGAUGCAUCACAUCGGAGGAGAAAUCGGCAGUAUUAUAACUCUUUUCCAGCCGAAGAUAUUGAAAACUUUCACUUCUAUGUGGAAAUCCGAUUUCGAAAUAUGUGAUGAUUGGUCUGAUUUGAUUGAAUACGUGAUAAACGCGUUCAUAAAGCAGCCACAUGCGAUUCAGAGUUCUUCCAAUUUUCGAUUGAAAAUUGAAAAUAUAGACAACGAUAAAGUAUUUGCCAAACCUGAAGAUGCCGUUGCGCAACUUGACACCAAACCGGAUAGUGACGAUGCUAAAAAGAAGUCGAGCAGUGGUGACAGUACUUCAAAGGACAGGUGGGCAGAUGAUGAGCUAUCAUCUCUAAGCUGGAAUUAUAUGCAAUAUAGUUCCAAACCAGAUCCUAUUGGAGAGCUGGUCAAAAUGUUCAAAGAAGAUGGUAUCGUCAAAACUAGAGAGUCUGUUAUCAAAGAACUCUUUAAACAAAACUUGAUUGACAAAGAUACCACAGACAAUUUUAUGAAAGGGGAAACUGAAAGGAGUUCGGAAAGUUCCCCAAACAAAGAAACGAUAGAUGAUGAGAUUAACAAAAUAUGCGAACAACUUGUGCAGGAUGGAAAGUCUAAUUCACUUGACUGGGUCCAGAAAGUAUUGUUGGAAACUUGUUACGCUAAAAUUUAUAUUGAGAAACGAACGAAGAGUCAUCAGGUUGAUAAUACUUCGUUGAAGACAAAGUUCCAUAAGCAAAAUCUUGGGAAGAAAACGGAUGAUUUUCCUGUUGUAUCACCAGUGUCAUAUCACUCUCUUUUGUGUAAUCAGUCAGUGCCAUUGGUUCCAUGGAAUUGUGAAGAAGCUUCGACAUGUAAAGAUUUGAAGUUUUUGCAAUUAUUGAAUAAACUUGGAUUUCAUAUGCCAGUUGAUACCGGAAAAGUAUUUAUUCGUAUACCACACCAUUGGUCUGCAGAAAUUCUUUACGAGGUUGCUUGUAAGAUAUUGCCAGUGAAUGAUAGUCUACUGAGAUUCUCCCUGAACGACAUAACCGAUAGUAGCGGUAGUUCGUACUCUGUUGAACGAAAUAAUUUUGUAUUGUCCAAGAAUGUUUCAAAAGACCUUACAGUCAUAGACACACCUGAGAAUUUCUAUCAAGUGCACAAGCAGAAUCAUCUCGCAACUAUGGUCAAUUUCACGCCAAUGCCUGGAUCCUCUUUUAAUCCUGAGGGUGGAGAACUUGAGAAGCCAACAUGGUUCGAACUGGUUCAGAAGUCGCAAGAGUAUAAAAUUGCACUGAACUUAGAAAGGCAAACAACAGAGGAAGGUGAGCGUGACAUAGACUCGGACGUGUUGAUGUGUGAGGAGUUGCCGACCCCGCUGGAGGCGCCCGAGCUGACAGCUCCGUCCCCACCUUUCGUUCCGAGUUCAUUGCAUAUGCCCGCACUCCCAACUGAGACGAGUGUGAAACAGGAGCCGUCUAACUUCAACAUCCAACCGGUCGAAUCCGAGUUCUACAAUAACAGUGUAUGUGAAACGGCAUCAGUCGCCUCGGAUUUGACAAGGAUGUACGUUUCCGACGAGGAUGAAAAGCCAGAAGACCUCGUAGAUCCUGUCGUAAACGUCACACCGAUAUUGGACGAGUCGUCCGAUGCCGACGUUAACAAAGGUGGCAAGCGGCCGCGUGUGCAAUUCUCACCUACGUUCUAAUUAAUAUGUAUUGAUAUAUUGAAUCUAAUAGUCAUUACUCAUUAAUGUGCAACGGGUACCUGAUACAGUAAUCUUAUUUAGCAUACUCCACAGCUAUAUUGACUGCUGCCACUACUGUGAGACACAAAUUUGUCUAAACAUGUAUUAUGUUUAACAAUAUAAUAUAAAAUAGCAUUUCAUAUAUUUGUAUGAAGAAUUAGUUAUAGCUUAUUUGUUUGGGAUAAAUGUUGGAAAAUAAUAUUUUAAAAGUAGUUCAUAGUUAUACACAUAAUGUUAAAACAUUGAGUUUAUAGAUAAAUUCGUUUUAUCGAAUGAAAUUUUUCAAUGUGCUCGAUGAUAAUUUAGCUAUUGGUGUUUCUGAUUUGUUAGUUUUGUUUAGUGAAUUAUGUAGUUAAAUAAGUGAUCGUGUUAUUACUAUGUAGUAGAAGUUUAGCUUUUUAGUAAACCUUAUUAUGUUCAAAUAAAAGAGUAGUUGUAAUGUA